CAAGAAAUAAAACAAUAAACAAAAUGACAAAAUCGGACAAAUGAUCAAGAUAACCCACACCAACAUGGCUGAUGGAAGGAACACUUGUUUUGAAUAGACCGAUUUUAGCGUCUUAGUUCAUCACCAAGAGCUUAAAUAUGUCUUGACUGGUAUGGCAGAAUCUUAAGUGAGAGAUCAUCACAAUGGGUAACAAACACAGCUGUUGUGUUUAUCCUGGGGGAAGGUCAGGUCAUUCUGCUUCAAGUAGGGGAGGUGGAGGUACAGGUUCAGAACCAAAUCCUGAAGAAGUAUCAGAGGACCCACAGUGUAAUUUGCAACAUAUUAGUGAACGAGAGCCAGAUGAUUUGGAUCAGGACCCUAGCCUUCACCCAACAGCUGGGCCACUCUUCCUCACCAAGUCAAAGCAGGUUAUAGAGAAUGGACUAGUCAGAAGAAGAAGUAGAAGUCAUGUAAGUGUUAAUAAUUUCUUGGUCUUUAUAGCUACUAUUUACAAAGUUCUAGAAAUUGCUAAGAAUGAUAUCAGAAUUAUUACUUUUAGCCUUUUAGCCAUGAAUAUCAGAGAUUUGCUUUAUCCUUCUGUUGAGUUUAAAAGAGUACUGGGGCAACUAGCUGCCCCUCAAAGAUAUGGUUUCAAAGCAUCGCACAAUGAUGGUUUAAGCAGCAGUAUAAGAGUCUGCUCUAUCUUAUUUUUUCAGCGGGAAGGAGUUCCUCCAGAUUAUGACAGACAUAAUCCUGAGCAUCGACACAUCUAUAAAUUUGUGCGCACGUUAUUUAAUGCAGCACAACUCACUGCUGAAUGUGCAAUUAUCACACUAGUCUACCUUGAAAGGUUACUGACAUAUGCUGACAUUGACAUGACCCCUGGAACAUGGAAGCGCAUUGUCUUGGGUGCCAUCAUUCUGGCCAGCAAAGUCUGGGAUGACCAAGCUGUGUGGAAUGUCGAUUACUGCCAGAUACUUAAGGAUAUAUCUGUAGAUGACAUGAAUGAACUGGAGCGCCAAUACCUAGUAAUGAUUCAGUUUAAUAUCAAUGUGCCGUCCUCUGUGUAUGCUAAAUAUUACUUUAGCUUACGUACGCUAGCAGAGGCCAAUGACUUGACUUUCCCUGCAGAACCCCUAAGUAAAGAACGAGCACAGAAACUAGAAGCUAUGUCCCGCAUUUGUGAGGGCAAGUAUGCAGAACAGUUAUGCCGUAACGGUCAUAAAAAGUGGAGCAGUCUGGAUAAUGUCCAUGCUGCUUCUCGACGUUCAGUGGCAAUUCUGUCAUGAUCUUGGGUCCACAAUAGAACUGUCACGCACAGAGGCCUGUAGCUUCAUCAGGGUAAAUGCCCUCAUUCUUUAUUUCAAUCCAUGGUGUGUUAACAGCUUUGUCAGUCCUGCUUGUCACUCACCUCUGGGACCAGGGAGUAAAUAGUAGUAACACAAUCAGUUAAUGUAAAGUCCGUUACAUGGUUCAAAACCAAAUGUAAUAAAUUGAGACAAGUCUGUACGAUGUUAGCAGGAAAUGAUGGUAGUGAAUUCAUUGAAAGCAUGAUAGUAAACAUUGUUCAGAAGCACUGUUUCAUUUAGUAAAGUUGAAUUCCAUUACAAAAGUAUGUCUUAUAGAAAAGAGUCAAGUUUAGUCUGUGAUCAGCAAUGCAACAUUAAGGAGUGUAGAAGUGAAAGAGUGUUGAAUUCAAGAAGAGGAGGAUGUCAGUGUACACUCAAUGAAAAGUGUAUUUACCCCUGGCUGUUAGCAUGAGCUAUUUCUUAAGUUAUGAUAUACAAAUGAAAUAAAGCUUGAAGAGACAGCAUUAGCUGAUAUUCUGUGCAGUGAUUUUUAUGCAGGUGUCAUAUUUGCAUCUGCUACAGUGACUAAAGACAACUUCAGGGUUGUCCUCGCUGACUUUCGGCAGCAACGAUGAAGAAAACACUUGUGAUGACGGAUAAUCAUUAUAAACAAGCCAUUAUAUACUGUGAUGUGCCACUCUUCAGUAUCAACCUGUUUGUGUCCCAGUUAAACUGUUGCAUAUAUGUUACUAUUAACUCAUCUUUAUAACAGUUGUUGUAUUACUUCAUAAAAUUAGGCAUCCAUAAUUCAUUAUAUCAGCUUUUGUAGUUAGACAUAGUUUUCUUGGGUUUGUAUGUAUAUUUCCUUUUUCUCUUCUUUUACUUUAACUAAGAGAAUUUUAAAGUACUUUAGAGUUGCUAUGCAAAGAAGUGCAGACUUGACCUAAUUAUUAGUAAUAGUCACAAUUGACUUAAGGUCUGAGCUCAUAAUUAAUAACAGAGAAUCAGGAAAGAUAUUGGAUUAAUACAUAUUCAAGAAUUUACAAUCUUUCUUCUGCAGCAUUUUAUGUCAUGUUCAAUUCAUUUAUAUAUAUAUGUUAUAUUGUUGUCACCCACAUGUUACAUCAGAACUAGAAGUAUGUUAUCAAGUUAGAAGUUGGAUUUCUAUUGGAAAGGAACAUUUCAAUUCCUAUCAGACAUGUGACUUACUCUAAGAUGACUGGUUUAAGUUUCAAAUAGUAUACUUGUCUUUAAAUUUAAAAUUUUCAAAAUGAAGUCCAUAUCUCAUUUCCACAUAAGAACUCUUCAGAGCCAUUGUAAUUUGGAGAAACCUCUACAAAUUAUGUGUAUAACAUUUUUUGUUUAAAGCCUUAAACAGUCUGUAACACCAGGGAACAGAAAUAUAUUGGAUACUUUUCCUAACAGAUUUUAGUCUCCUGUCACAAAAGGAACUCAGAUAUAGCACCUAACUUGAUGACAUACACCUGUAAGCCAUUUUUGCUGUUUGUAUGCAGCAAAUUUGCUCAAGUACUUUGCCCUCGUUUUUCUGAUUUUGAAAUAAUAUUUGUGGGUUAUGGAAGGUGGUUUAACAAUUAUUAAUAAUUUCUGGAGACUAGAACAAUUUGUAGUUAGAGGAACAGGUCUUGCUUGAGUGGCUUAUGGUUAUACUGCUUAUUGUAAGAGAAUAUAUACAACAGGUCUUGGAUAUCCCACCCAACUUAAUUACCUGUGCUCAGAUACUGGAUGGAAGCAAGUAAGAAUGUGUACAUGGCAUUUAUUUUUCUAGGACUGAUAGCAUGGCCUUCUUCAACUUUAUGGCAUGAUAUUUUCCCUUUUUCUAUAAGUUCGAAAAUUAAAUUGAAUAUAUUUUUCAGUGAAGACUCUUCAUAGUCCGUUUGUUUCGUUUUUCACAACAAAUUAACAAACAAAAUCAUACAUUUCAGUAUACAUACAGUCUUAGUAUGCAUGUGAGGAUUUGAGUGUGAGUGGCUAUGGGUGCAUGAAUACUGUAGACUAUUGUAUUUGUCAUACUAAAUUGUCCUUAUUGGUCCUUGGAUUAAAUAGUCAAAUGAUUCCAUGGCUGUUUCUCCUGUGUACAGAUUUUGUGCCAUCUUAUGUUAAAAAUUAUGGAUGAUGAUUGGCCACAGGUUAACUAUGUAUUUGUAAGCAGUAAAGUAAAAGAUGAUAUAUGUAGAAACAAUUAUGGAUAACUUGUCAAAACCUUUUCUUUAUUUCCAGGAAAAUGAUAAUGCUAUGGAAAAUAUUGAUGAUAAUUGAAGUUAGAACUAAUUGGCAAUAUUUUCAGCUUACAUCUGGUUAGAUAUGU